UGCUGCAGGAACCUUUGUUUCCCUUUACUGGGAGCAGGCUAGUUCCGGGAGCGGUUCGGAAGGGGCCUCCGGGAGCGGACGGAGCGGCGGGGCGGAGCGGUGUUUGCAAUGGCUGCUACUGUGAAUUUGGAACUUGAUCCCAUUUUUUUGAAAGCACUAGGCUUCUUACAUUCAAAAAGUAAGGAUUCUGCAGAAAAGUUAAAGGCACUACUUGAUGAAUCUUUGGCUCGGGGCAUUGAUUCAAGUUACCGUCCAUCUCAGAAGGAUGUGGAGCCACCCAAAAUUUCAAGCACAAAAACUAUUUCUGUUAAGCAAGAGCCCAAAACAUCAUCCAGUCUUCCUUCUGGCAAUAGUAAUGGCAAAGCCCUCACAACUGAAAAAGUAAAGAAGGAAGCUGAAAAGAGACCAGCUGAUAAAAUGAAAUCAGACAUCACAGAAGGAGUUGAUAUUCCAAAGAAACCUAGAUUGGAGAAACCAGAGACGCGGUCCUCUCCCAUUACUGUCCAAACCAGCAAGGAUUUAGCUAUGACUGACCUUUCCAGUUUUGAGGAGACUAGUGCUGAUGAUUUUGCCAUGGAGAUGGGAUUGGCCUGUGUUGUUUGUAGGCAAAUGACGGUGGCAUCCGGUAAUCAAUUAGUAGAAUGUCAGGAGUGCCAUAAUCUCUACCACCAAGAUUGCCAUAAGCCCCAGGUGACAGACAAGGAAGUGAAUGACCCUCGUCUUGUGUGGUAUUGUGCUCGAUGUACCAGACAAAUGAAAAGAAUGGCUCAAAAAACUCAGAAACCACCUCAGAAACCAGCCCCCACAGUUGUGUCUGUAGCUCCAGCUGUCAAAGAUCCAUUGGUUAAGAAACCAGAAACUAAACUCAAACAAGAGACAGCUUUUCAAGCAUUUAAGAGAACAGAGGUCAAGACCUCCACAGCUAUUUCAGGAAAUUCUUCUAGUACCAGUGUUUCCUCUUCAGUAACUAGUGGCCUAACUGGAUGGGCAGCUUUUGCAGCUAAAACUUCCUCUGCUGGUCCAUCAACAGCAAAAUUGAGUUCAACAACCCAAAACAACAGUGGGAAACCUGCUACCUCAUCAACUAACCAGAAGCCUGUGGGCUUAACCGGUCUGGCAACAUCAUCUAAAGGUGGAAUAGGUUCCAAAAUAGGUUCCAGUAACAGCACUGCACCCGCUGUACCAUUGAAACCACCUCCACCUCUAACUUUGGGCAAAACUGGCCUUAGUCGCUCUGUUAGUUGUGACAAUGUUAGCAAAGUGGGUCUUCCUAGUCCAAGUAGUUUAGUUCCAGGAAACACCAGCCAGCUCAGUGGGAAUGGAAAUAGUGGGACAUCAGGGCCUAGUGGAAGUACCACUAGCAAAACCACUUCAGAAUCAAGCAGCUCUCCGUCAGCAUCCCUUAAAGGUCCAACUUCACAAGAAUCACAGCUCAAUGCCAUGAAGCGAUUACAGAUGGUCAAGAAGAAAGCUGCCCAGAAGAAACUCAAGAAGUAAUGUGGCCAAGUAGGUUUUUAUAUCACAUUACCCUAAAAUUUUAUUAUUAGGACAUAAACUGUCAUAUACUAUAAUUUAAUAAAAAUCUUCACAAUGGAAUUUCUAUUUUUCUUACCUUAAAAUGCUAAAUGUUUUUAAGCAAAAUUUGGAGAUUUUUUUUUUUUUUUUAAGAUUUUAUUUAUUUAUUUGACAGAGAGAGACACAGUAAGAGAGGGAACACAAGCAGGGGGAGUGGGAGAGGGAGAACAGGCUUCCCGCGGAGCAGGGAGCCCAAUGCGGGGCUUGAUCCCAGGACCCUGGGAUCAUGACCUGAGCCGAAGGCAGACGCUUAACAACUGAGCCACCCAGGUGCCCCAAAAUUUGGAAAUCUUUUAAGAUUGGAAUCUUGUAAGUCUGUUUAACAUUUUUAUUUUAACAGUCUCCAUAGUAUGUGAAAACAAUGAUUAAAAUGAUUAAUUCUUGAUGAGAACUUCUGGAAUCCCAAGAGACUGGUAGCAUACAUGAAUUUUUAAAAAAAGAAAUAGUUUAUCUUCUAGUAAAGCCCCAAGAAUUAAUCCUACUGAAUAAGGUGCCUUACAAGGUGGCAGGAAUGACCCAAUAUAAAGUUUUCUACAUUCUCCCCACCACUAUUCCUCAUAUUCCGUGUUAGUCCUUGGCCUCAUUUCAAUUGAUUCUCCCUCUCCCCCCAAAUAUUUCAUCUCCCCAUUUUCAAAAUGAAUUUUAUAUAAUUGAUUUCUCAUAUUUCUGUAUUAUAUCUUUACCUUUUUUUUAAUCACUUCAUGUCAGUUAUUUAGGGAUCUAUGUCUUCCAAUAGAUUAUGAACUCCCAUGAUACAGUACUUUUCUCCCAUUGCCUACUUUUCCUCACAUUGCUAGUCUAACAAUGCACAUAGAAUAUACCUAAUAAAUGUUGAAUUUUGAUUUAUCCUGGUUUUCCACAUUCCUAAGAAUUCAUGAGCAAAAUACCCAUUCUAAGAGUUUUUGUGGAUGGAUUAAUUUCUGAGUUGUUUACAUACUGAUAGCUUCUUCCUAUACCAUGGGAAAAAAAGGGGACGGGGGCUGCUUUAUUUUUACUGCCCAAAAGUGUUACAGUUUUAAUUUUAGUUAACUUUGUAUAAAAGAAGCUCCUAGGGCACCUGGGUGGCUCAGUUGGUUAAGCGGCUGCCUUUGGCUCAGGUCAUGAUCCUGGAGUCCCUGGAUCGAGUCCCGCAUCGGGCUCCCCGCUCGGCAGGGAGUCUGCUUCUCCCUCUGACCCUCCUCCCUCUCAUGCUCUCUGUCUCUCAUUCUCUCUCUCUCAAAUAAAUAAAUAAAAUCUUUAAAAAAAAAAAAAAAAAAGAAGCUCCUAUAUCAUGAUUAAAUCUUGAAAUUGUUUCCAAGUAUGUGUGUGUACAUUGUUAAAACAAAAUGUGACGGGUCUGAGUCGUAGCCUCAUUUGUAAAUUAACAAAUUAGCCUAUCAUUGUUUUACAUAUAGUUUCUGACAGAAGAUAUGAGGCUUUCUGGACCAGAUAAACAAUUUAGUACUCACAAGCAAAGUGCAACAGCCAUUUUGUACUUCACAGAUACCUCAUUUCAUCCAGAAACUAGAAGUCCAAAAAAUUCCUACAUUCAUUAGACUAUGAGCAGCAAACUUAUUCCUUCAACUUUGAUGUGUGCUACUGAAUCUUUAUAAACCUCUAAUCUCAAACCCUUUCCUUUAAUCCCUAAAUUUUUCUAACAUCUUCUAAAAUAUAUUGGUAAAAGAUUUCUGUGAAGAUAAAGCUUUUUAAACAAACUUGCUCUUUUUCUAAGGAAAGAUAUUAUUUUAAACUACUCUUAAACAAUGACACUAAAUUAUUCAUAGUAAAAUAGAAUUCAGGAUUGAGAUAAUCCCAUUACUUGCAUGUGGGGUAAACAUCUAUUUACAUGAUUAAAAUCUGCCUACAGAUGUUUCUGUUUUGAGAAACAAAGAUUUCUGUUGAUUAAACAUCAUUUGGCAUGAACCUCAAAUCCCCUUUAGGGUCAAAAAGACCAAAAACAACCCAUAAAAUCAUCAUUAUUUGUUUAUAGUUCAGGGCCAGUUUGGACUAAACUGGACAAAAUGAUCUGAUACAAACUCAGCUCAAGAACUAACAGUUCAUGUGACCUCAGUACCUACAAGAAAUUAAAGCAGUAACGCACAAUUUGCACAUUGCCACUUGAAGUGGAAAAUUUUAUCCCAUCCUAGAACAUAUGUCCUGGACAGAGUUGAGAAGAGAAGCAACUUUUAAUUUCUAUGGUACUUCAGAGAAGUUAGAAGACUUUUUAGGAAUCUGUACAUAUGAAAGUAUGCAUCCAUCUAGUAAUGUAUAUAAUUCAGUUUGGUAUUUUAUACAGGUACUUUUGUAUUAGAGUUUAUCUUCAGGUAGAUCUUAGACCUUGAUUUUUCCAUACUUACAUGAACUACAAAGCUUUUUAACUGAACAUGUGAUGAAAGUAUUAAUAGUAUUUAUCAUUUAUUUUGUUAUGCAUAGGUUUUUUUUCCCCCAAUAGAAUGUAAGUUGUAUGAGGGCAGGGAAUUGUUUGAUUUGCACACCAUUGUAUUCCCACUGCAGCUCUCAAUAAACAUGAUGCCAAUGAAUGAAUAGACAGAUAAGUAGGUGAGCCAAGGUAGGCUUUUAGGACUGUAAGCUCAAAUCCUACUUUAGUAGAAAUUUGGCCAGUAUCACCUUUUGCAUAUUGUGCUUUCUGUUGGAUUUUAGUGAUUAAAAAACAAAACAAAACAAAAAACCCAACACUAAAAGAACACUGACUUAAAGUCAGAAGACCCGCUUUUGAAUCCCAGUCUCUCCAUGUAUGAGCUGUGUGAUCUUUGGUUUCCUCCUCUAUAAAACAUAGAUGAUAAUUAAUGAGAUAAAAAUGGAAGGCAUCUGAUAUUCUAAGGUUAGAUUUCCAAUUCUGAUGCUUAACAAGGAUGUGGUAGUACUGUUUAUUAGUAACUGAGAUUAUAAAUUAUAUUGUGAUGAUCAUAGGUUAUAUAGAAAAUGUAUCCUUUUAUAAAAACUAUAUUGCAGUAAUUAUAAAAAUUAUAUAAGCAAUUAGAAAAAGCCAUAAAUACAUUUACAUACCAUAGUAUUGUUUUCUUUUAAAGUAAGAUAAACUUUACUAAGAAUACACCCCCUAGAUUUUUGAACAAGAACAUCUCAUUCCAGUAUAUGCUGAAGUGUGACUUGUUUUCCUAAAAAACUGAAGCAAAUCUUGCCUGUAUUGAGAGCAUAAUAUGGGGAAAACAGUAGCUGCCCUACAGAGGCUCAACUGGAAUUCUAGUAGUCCUGGAGUGAAGAUGCAUUAUAUUGGAUGAUUUUGUAGAUCACAGAUAAUUUAAUGACUGAGUUUUUACAUAUAUUAUUUAGUGUGUAUAGGAAGAGGGUGGUAACAGAAAAAGUUAGACUUUAAAAAUAGUAACAUUCUAUAAAUUGAAGCAUUUCCCCAGAGAAUGUAAAGUCUAGUGUCCUUCCAGUCAAUGAAAUUUAAUUAUUUCAUCAACUGUAAUGUAAAUUUAUAUGUCUAAUUAGGCUUGAAUGUUGUGAGGGCUAGACGUAUUAAGUAUUGGAAUACGUUGAGUACCUUAAGAAGCCAGUUAUGACAAAUAGGAUUUCAAUAAAGUAGUUUUCUUGCCAUCUUAGAAUAUAAAUAUUUCAUCUCUAUUCACAUGGCUCUGAGAGGGUUUUGCAAUAGACAAAAAUCUAAGAAGCUUAUGGGAAAAGUGAAGAGUUUUCAAUUUCAUGUUUCAGUAAUAAAAACACUAAUAUUUGUAAAUCAUCUGAACUAUUCAUCACAAAUAGUGACAGGCACUUAUGAGCCAUCUCUAAAAGUCCAAAUUUUAUUUUAGGCAAAAUAUGGACUAUAUCAGCACUUAGAGUAUUUCAUGCAAUGCUGCAUUUGUAUGAUUAACAAUGUAUAUUAUAUCUCUUCUGAACAGCUCAAUCUUCAUAGAAUUAUUUUAUACUAAUGAAUACUAAAAGAAUAUUUUUCUAAAAUACAAAGAAUGUUCAGAUAGUAGCUUUGUGACUUUUUCACAUGAUUUAAGUACCCAUGGUAAUUUUAUAUUACUGAAUUUUUUAUAAUUUUCAAACAGUAUUAUAUAUAAUAUUAGGUUAGAGCAUCUGUGUUUAAAAAUAAAUACUAAAUAAAAUGUGUACAUAUACUUGUUUAUUUGUUUUACAAAGAAAAACAGCCACAAAAAUUUCUCCUUCAUUUUUGGCAAAAAUACUCAUUUCAGAGAAUUCUAUACUGUACAAUAACAUUUAAAUUUUAAAAUAUAAAGAAAUAAUUUUUUCUUAAUGUCUUAAUUAUAAUGAUGUCACCAAUAAUUUUAUCUUUUUAAACUUCUUAAAGACUUACAAACAUCCUAAUUAUCUUUGAAUUUUAUUUCCCCUGGGCCCAACAAAAUAACGUCUGACCUCCAAAUUAUAAUUACUUGAUUUUAAACAACAUACUAAGAAAAUGAAGGUAUUGCAUAAUGUUUAAAAAAAAAAUAAAGCCUAAGUGGCAUAUGAAAUGUAGGUGUAUUUUUAAAAUGGCAACAACAUAGUUUUAUAGUAAUGUAUGUUCAUCACAAUAGUGAGGGGCUGCAGUAGGUGGCUUCAUUACAAUACUUGCUCAGCUGCCAACUGCAGCUAUGACUUUACUGGUGUGGUUUCUAAAAAGGUCAGACAGGAAGCAUCAAUCCUAGGACCACACAAGUAGACGAAGCUUCUCAUAUACAUCUGGUCACUUAUUUCAGCCAGAAAAGUAGGUAUGUACUACUUAUACAAUUUUUCAUUUUGCGGGGAGCAUUAGGUCAUGGUUAAUUUAAAUUUACAAAAUAUAUACUGUUAUAUAUGUAACAGUAUUAUAUACAUGUAUACAGUAAUAUAUAGUAUAUAAUAUAUAGUAUAUUACAGUAAUAUAUAAUUAUAGUAAUAUAUACUAAAUAUAAAAUAAAUUAUAUUUAAUAUAUAUAUAAUUUCCCCACUAGUUUGUUGGGCAUAUUCAUAAUUACCACAAGUUGCAAGUUUAGAUUUCCUUUUGCUUUACCCUAAGCAAACUGGAAUUUCAUCAUUGGGUACAAGGCACUCUUUAAAAGACAUAAAAAAUCCCUGUAUAUCCAAAAAAGAGAAUCCUCUUUUGGUAUCCAAACUCAAAACGAGAAAAUGUUAUGCAAAAACAACUUCCCAUUAGAACCUUAUAAAAUCAUCUUUAGUUUAAAUAUUUCAGGAACAACAUUAUAAAAUGCAAAUUUUUUGUCAUGUAGAUGUCUUAUGAAUUUCUAGGGUUGUACAUGUCAUAUACAUACAUUAAACAGCCAUCUGAAAAGCACUCUUCAUUUUGUUAUUUGUAUUCCUCAGUAAUAUAUGUAACAAUAUACAUUAUAGAGAUGAAAUCUCUCAAAGUAACAAUCAAAUCUUACAAUCUCAUGUCAUAUUAGCAGGUUCUAUGUGAGCAAUGUAAGUCCACAUUAUUUUGGUUUUUAAAGGAAACCACUAAGUCAAAUUUAAUCUUUUUACUGUUCUAAAGAAGCAUCUACAGGUCAAUAAAAUGUCUUGGCAAAAUAUGCCUGACAUCUUAGGGGACGGUUUUGAGCUAUUCCCAAAUUAAAGCUCAGUAUCCCAGGACAUUGUGUUUCAGCAAAUGUUAUCCUUAAUGCCUGCCUUGUCUAAGUACAAAUCAGCAACUAAAAAUAUUUACAUCUUGGCUCAGUACAUGGAACACACAUUCCCCAUUCAUUAUCCAAACGAUUGAGUGAUCCAAAAAUAUUUCCUCAUUCAAGUAACAUUAGCGAUCCUGCAGGAUCAUUUUUAAGCAAUUAUACUUUAAAAAAUGUUUAAACAAAAAAAUAAAAAUAAUAAACCUAGAUACUUCAUUUUCUCUAGACUAACAUCAUCAAGUUCUUGUAG